AUGGCUAAUGAAUAUAAUAAUGAUAAUACAAUAACAGUUAAAUUUUUAAUACAUUAUCAACAACAAGCAACGGUUAUUUAUUUGCCACAUAAUUUAACAUUAGAAUCAUUUUAUAUUCAUUUAUGUUCAAUAUGUCAUUUAACAUUAACUGAUCCGCCAACAUUUACUGUUAAAUGGCUUGAUGAAGCAUUGGAUGCAAUAACAAUGUCAUCACAAAGAGAAUUAAAUACAGCUAUACGUUUAUAUACAAAAAAUGGUGAUAAAGAAUUGCAUAUACAUGUUUUUCCAAAUCGUCCUGAACAACCAGGACUUUUAUGUCCAGGUGAAGAUCCACUUAUAUAUCGACGUGGUGCACGUCGUUGGAAAAAACUUUAUUUAAUUAAUGGACAUCGUUAUCAAGCAAAACGAUUUAGUACAACAGCUGCUUGUACGGUUUGUAAUGAUCGUUUAUGGGGUUUAGGUAGACAAGGUUAUAAAUGUCUUGAUUGUCGAGUAUGUUUAAAAAAAAAAAUAAAAAUCUAUAUAAAACAAUAUAUUUUAUUUUUAUUCAACAAAAAAAAUAAACAGGUUCUUGUACAUAAACGAUGUGUAAAACAGUUACGUAUUGUUUGUGGUACAACAUCGGCAGGUUCAUCACCACAUCAUCCAAAAAUUAUGGAUUCAAAUGGACGUCAUACAUCAGUAAGUAGUAUAACAAUCAAUGGACAACAAUUAUUAUCAAAUAAAAAAUUAAAUGAAAAUCAACAACAAAAUGGAGCUACGGAUAAAAUUGGUCGACAUAGACCAGCUGGUGCUAGUGUUAUGAAUGCUCGAGAUCCGAUGACGAAACAAAAAAUGUCAAAUAUUUGUGAACCUGGACCAUUAAAACGAGCACAAGGUCUAACUGAUCUUGGCCAGUCUCCUAUUGAGGAUCCAAGUGGUUCAAAUAGCAAUUAUAUAGAUGUAAGUGGUGAUAUGCAAAGUUCUCCAUCGAGUUCUCCAUCAAUAUGUUUACAAGAUUUUGAAUUAUUAAAAGUAAUUGGACGUGGUUCAUAUGCUAAAGUUUUUCUAGCUGAAUAUCGACCACGACAUUUACGUAAUAAUCCAAAUCAUCAACAACAACCACCACGUUUAUAUGCAAUGAAAGUUAUUAAAAAAUCUAUUGUUAAUGAUGAUGAAGAUAUUGAUUGGAUUCAAUGUGAAAAAAAUGUUUUUGAAAAAGCAACAAAUCAUCCAUUUCUUGUUGGUUUACAUUCAUGUUUUCAAACACAAUCAAGAUUAUUUUUUGUUAUUGAAUUUGUAACUGGUGGUGAUUUAAUGUAUCAUAUGCAACGACAAAGAAAACUUCCUGAAUCAAGUGCUAGAUUUUAUGCAGCAGAAAUAACCGUUGCUUUAAAUUUUUUACAUGAACAUGGUGUUAUUUAUCGUGAUUUAAAAUUAGAUAAUGUUUUACUUGAUACUGAUGGUCAUAUUAAAUUAACUGAUUAUGGAAUGUGUAAAGAAGGUUUAGAUUUUAAACGUGAUGAACGAACAAGCACAUUUUGUGGUACACCCAAUUAUUUAGCACCAGAAAUGUUAAGAAAUCAUGAUUAUAAUUUUAGUGUUGAUUGGUGGGCAUUAGGUGUACUUAUGUUUGAAAUGAUGGCUGGACGAUCACCAUUUGAAAUAGUUGGUUCAGCUGAAAAUCCAGAUUUAAAUACAGAAGAUCGUCUAUUUCAAGUUAUACUUGAACAACCAAUACGUAUUCCACGUUCAUUAACUGUUAAAGCCAAAAAUGUUUUAGAAGGAUUUCUUAACAAAGAUCCACGAUGUCGUUUAGGUUGUCGUUAUGAUCCAAUGUUAGGUUGUCAAGCUGGUUUUCAAGAUAUAUGUUUACAUCCAUUUUUUUAUCCAGCUAUUGAUUGGCAACGUUUAGAAUCAAGACAAAUUGUUCCACCAUAUAAACCAAUAUUAACGGAAGAUAAAGAUCUUUCACAUUUUGAUCCACAAUUUACGAAUGAAGAUGUUGUUUUAACACCAGAAGAUGAUGAAGUUUUAGCACGUAUUCAACAAUCAGAAUUUGAAGGCUUUGAAUAUGUUAAUCCUUUAAUUAUGACUGUAGAAGGCAAUGUUUAA